AUGUUUCCCGAACAUCCUGAUUCCUAUAGUUGUAACAAUGUCAAUAGUAAUGAUGGCUGGAGAAGUUCUACACCACAAGAAACAAAACCAUUCUGUAUGGAAUACAACAAAUCUCCUGUAGAAGUCAGUGUUAAUACGUACCCAGUAGCCACUAUAGAAGUCGACCAAGUCCCUAGUCUCUUCAAUAUAUCACCAUGUGCUCCGGUUUACAAAGACUAUUCCGUACUAAAGGAGAAAUCGCCUCAAGAUAUCGCCGAUGCUUUGCUGUCUCUAAAACACACAGUUGUAUGCCCAUCAUAUUCGGGACGAAUGUCACCUUCUGUGCAUAUUAAUCAAUGUUCACCAACGCCAAACAGUUUUCAGCAUCCACAACAUGUAUCAUAUAUGAGCCCUGGUAAUCAGUAUCGCCAAAACAUGUACUCGCCACCACCAGGACCUCAAUAUGGUGUGUUUCAAUAUCCAGGAGAAAGUUUUCAAAAUCAGGCUAAUGUGUUUCCAUCAAUGAGUGUUAAUGUUUCGAUGAGUAUGAAUGUUGGAGUUCCCCAUGGGAUACCCAAUAACCAAUACAAUGUACAACAACAGUGGCAAGGCAAUCAACAGACAUCUCCUGGAAAAUAUGCUCCUCAAUACCAGCAGCCUCAAUAUAGUAUGGGUCCAGUAUCUCCUCAAUACAACAGUUUACAAAAUCAUUCAUAUCCACAACCAUAUUCAUUUACUUCGGAAGUAAGACAUAUUCCAAGUUCAGACUCAAAAAACUUUCUCUAUCGAUCAGGUGAUUCUUGCAAAGCGUCACGAUUUUGUGCUGUAUCCCACUGGAAGAGGCUGAAAUUGACCAGCAGUCAUCUUAGUGCAGUAAAUUUACAAGCGGAUUCAAAUAAAGUGAAUUUAUGUAGAAUUUGUGGGAAGACUUAUGCCAGACCUAGUACUUUGAAAACACAUCUACGAACUCACUCAGGGGAGAAACCGUAUAAAUGCUCAACUUGCAGCAAGUCGUUUUCACAAGCUGCUAACCUAACAGCACAUGUGCGAACACAUAGCGGAGAAAAACCUUUCCGGUGUCCAAUGUGUGAUCGGAGAUUUUCCCAGAGUUCAUCUGUAACAACACACAUGCGCACUCAUUCUGGUGAACGACCGUAUCGGUGUCGCCUGUGUAAGAAAGCAUUUUCUGACAGCUCAACGUUAACAAAGCAUUUAAGAAUUCAUAGCGGAGAAAAACCAUACCAGUGUAAACUUUGUCUGUUAAGAUUUUCACAAUCUGGAAAUCUGAAUCGUCAUAUGAGAGUACAUGCUAAUUCAUCGUAA